CACCUUUCUGAAGCGUGCAGCAUGACAGAGCUCCACGAAGCCGCGGCUUUGGGGGACUACGACCUGGUGGAUCAGAUACUGAGGACAGGGCGCUGUGACCCAAAUCACAAGGAUGUCGACUGGCAUGACAGGACCCCGCUGCACUGGGCUGCUGCGAAAGGGAAAUCGGAGCUGGUCAAGCUCCUCGUGGAUCACGGCGCCCGGCAUUGCCUGCGGAGCGAUGUGGGCUGGACUCCAGCUCACUUUGCUGCCAAGUCGGGGAGACUGGGGGUACUUCGCACCCUUCAUUCCCUGCACGCUGCCAUGGACGCAGCCGACCUCUUCGGCGACACUCCCAAGAGGCUUGCGGAAAUCUACGGUCACCAAGACUGCUCCAGGUUCUUAGAAAC